AACACACACAUGAAUAUUACACCGCGAGAAGGACGUGCGCUGUCGUCAUGCAGGCAUAUACGUUGGUCACGUGCAAGUCGUUGAUUUUCGAAAACGCUAUAUUGUUAUUAUGUAGGUAAAUCGGUUUUUGGAGAAUUUCACAUACGGCUGUUUAUUCGUUUGGGGUUUUCGGCAUCAUGGAAUAGUAAAUUUGUACCGAGACGACAUGGAAUGUACUGGACUUUUUUGGUUGUUAAUAGUAUCAUUUACUGUAACCAAAGCUUAUAACUCGGAUAGGACGAAUGCAAAUCAGAAACGUUCUGGAAUAAUUGCUAUUUAUGGCAACGACAAUGCAAAAGAAUUAAACUUGAAUUCAACCUGGAAAUUAAACUCUCUAAAUGAACUGGGUGAAUGGUCGCAGUGGUCACCCUGGACACCUUGUUCCACAACAUGUGGUUUAGGAGUAACAAAACAAACUAGACAAUGUGUAGGAAAAUCAGCCAAUGUUAAAAGAAACGUAUUUUACAAAAGGCAGCGGCUCAAACGGGUGUCAGAAGAAGAUGCCAAAUGUCGUUAUCCGUCAGAAGAGAGUAGAUACCACGUUUGUAAUAAACAUCCGUGUCCGAACAAUACAGAUUUUCGUGAAACACAAUGUUCGUCAUUCAACGAAAAACAGUUCAAUGGUCAAAAAUAUACGUGGUCAGCAUAUUACCAUGCCACAAAUCAAUGUUCGUUGAAUUGUCGUCCGAUCGGUUAUCGUUUUUAUGCAGUGCUAAAGCCUCAAGUAAUAGACGGUACUCCUUGCAACGGAACCAACGACACGAGACCUCACAUAUGCGUAGAUGGUCAAUGCAAGGUGGUCAGUUGCGACGGAUCUGUUGGCGGACAAAAGAGAUUUGACGGAUGUGGUGUAUGUGGAGGCGACAACAGCACAUGUCGUUUGGUUUCGGGAAUUUUCACAAGGCCUGAUAUGCCAGCAGGCUAUAAUCUGAUCACUCGACUGCCAAAGUCAGCUUGCAACAUCACCAUUAGCGAACUCAAAUCAUCAGCCAACAGUAUAGCUUUAAAACACACGAGUGGUAAUUAUAUUUUAAAUGGGAACUGGUCAAAUAAUUGGCCUGGAGACUACGCUGGAGCAGGCACAGUGUUCACAUACAGAAAAGAAAAUGGAAAUUACGGGGAAGCUGUGUUUGCGCCAGGUCCUUUAACAGAAUCUGUAGAUCUUAUUCUUGUAUCCAGAUAUAUGAAUACAGGUAUAAAGUAUGAAUACAAAUUACCAUUGGAUGUUCCCGUAGAAGAAUCGAUGGCACCGCCUUUGAUCAGACACCAUUCACAUAUGUCUUCUCAUUUUAGUAUAGGCAAUCGCUUGUCAUUUGGCGAAGAAACCCCUAUUACAGAAAAGACAUUUAUUGACAACGAUGAUAAGAAUCUAAGUAUAGACCAACCGCGUGGAACCGGUUUUGAGUCUCAAGGAUUCAUUGGAGACGAAGCGGCCAAACCACAUAUUAUAAAAGCUAGAAGAAAGAAAUUCAUUUGGAAAUUGACCGGCUACUCCGAGUGUUCUAAAACGUGUGGUGGUGGAAUCCAAACAUCGACUAUGGUAUGCAUCAAAGAGCACAAUCAACAACAGCAAAUUGUGUCCGACAAACGAUGCCACGGGUUAGAUAAACCGCAACCACAAGUACUUAGGUGCAAUAUAAAACCCUGCGAGGCGCAAUGGACAAUUAGCGACUGGAGUGCUUGUUCGGUGAGCUGUGGGUUAGGGAUUCAGACUAGGGAAAUCGCGUGCAAACAGCAAAUCAGCUCGACUCUAGUUAUGAACGUGCCCGAGUCAAUGUGUUCAACUUCGAUUCCGACUAACGUUAUACUGUCAAAAGCAUGUCAAAAACCACCUUGCGAAAUCACGUCCAACGACGGUAACUCGCAUUGGAACGCAGGUCCUUGGUCCAAAUGUUCGACCGCUUGUGGUAUAGGUAUUAAAUCCAGAUCCGUCAGGUGUACUUCGGAGGACGAAUCCAAUUGCCGGGCCAGUGAAAAGCCAGCUCAUCAGGGCACUUGCGAUAUGGGGCCCUGUGCUCUAGCCUUGUCUAACGCCGUUGGUUCGUGGAUUUUAUCAGAAUGGUCCCAGUGUUCCGAAACAUGUGGCACAGGAAUGCAGACUAGAAAAGCAUACUGUUCGUUGGGCAUCGACCGUGAAAACGCUUGCGAUCAAUCGGUUAAACCAGAAAUUUCAAGAGCCUGUUUAAGUGACAAAGAUUGCAACGGCCUUUGGUUUUCUGGUCCGUGGUCUCAAUGUUCGGACAAAUGUGGCUGGGGCAAUCAAACGAGAGCUGUAGCUUGCGUGUCUUACAAUCAAAAAGAAUGGAAGGUCGUCGCCGACGGACAAUGCGCGGGCAAAGAAAAACCAUCAACGUCCAUGUCGUGUUUUACUGAAAAUUGCGGCUCGAUGUGGUUUACUUCGGAUUGGUUGCCGUGUUCAAGGACUUGCGACUUGGGCGUUCAAAAAAGAGACGUGAAAUGUCUUAACGAAUUGUUGAAGCCUUCGCUUGACUGCGACGAAUCAAACAAACCACAGGCAAGACGUUCGUGUAACGUUAACACGUGCAACAAUAGUAACACAGUACAAGUGACAAGCGAGGAAAGUCGAUUGGAAAGGGAUAACAAACCGCUGAACACUAGUACUCAACCGGCAAACAUGCAAGCCGUCGAUCCAAAGUGCGUGGACUUACAACUCAAAAACUGUAACUUCGUUGCACAGGCCAGAUUGUGUUCGUACAAGUACUACAAAGUUUCGUGUUGCAAUUCGUGUCGCAAUAAAGCUUAAGUACACGAGCAAAUGAGAUAUAAGUAUAAAUUGCAGUUCGGUUUAGAAUAUUAGAAGUAAUUCAAGUUUAGUUGUUAUAGCCGGUAGCUUGUCUGUCUAGUUUUACUUAGGUAUCUAACGUAGACGUAUCCGUUAUUUUAUUAGAUUCCGACCUAACCUCAAACGACUUGUGGAGUUAUGUUUCUGAAAAGUUUUGCUAUAAUAUAUGAAUAUAUUAGGAUACAUUUUUCAUAAAUCUAGAAUAUUAUUGAUUAUUAUUAUUAUUUUUUUUUUUUAUUGUGAUAACAAUAUUUGUAAACGUAAGUAUUAUUUUAUUUUGUACAUAACAUUUAAAAACGUUAAUGAUCGUUUGAUUUGCAAAAAGAGACUAAAAACAAAUGCGAAAAUUCAAAUAUUUAGAAAUAGUUAUUUAAUAAAUCUUUAUAAUAUUAGAUGAAUACAAUUUUGCCAGUAUUUCAAUUAAUUGAGUUAAAUCCAAAACGUUUUGUGUACAUUUUAUGUUAGCAUAACUUCGCUGCGGAUGUAAUUAAAUGUAAGCAUAGGUAUUAUUAUUUAGUUUGUUAAUUAUUGUUAAAGUAUAGCGUUUUUAAUCACGACCUAAGAUAACGAUUAUCAUAGAUACUCGUGGUUACACUACUUAUAAUUACUAUUAUAGAUUAGGUGCUCUAGGUACAGAUAAAACAUUUAAUUAUUAAAAGUCAAUAGUUAUUUAACACUACGAAGCAAAUUUUAACUACUUAUCUAGCUUAUAUUUAAUAAUAUAAGCGUGUUAAAAAAGCCGUACCAUAAGAUAUAAAAAUAAGCAAACUAGUUGCGUAUAAUAUAAUUGCACGUGUAAAAA